AUUGAUCUAGUUUUUCUUUUCUGACCAUUCUCAGAGGCUCUUUUGCAUUCCUCUGCAGCCGCAGCGUGUGACGUGUCGCAGGAUCUGCGCACUGAGACACACACACACACACGCACGCACGCGCGCGCGCGCACGAUCUUCCUGCACCGCUAUCGCUCAGAGCGCAUCAUAAUCUAACACACUGAACACAGCAGACUGAACACAAAGAGGAAGAGCGGCACUAUCAACAUUACUAGCAUUGUCACAGACUGCAGGAACUGCUGCUGGAAGUGCUGAACGGAAGAGACCUGAAGACCCGGGAGUCGAUCAAAACUGUGGAUUAGUGCAGAACCUUUGAGCAACAACACACACAACAGUCAUACAAACUCCACAAUGAUGGACCUGGAGGAAACUGACUAUGGCAAUCUCUCUUAUGAAUAUUCGGAAUAUGGCGAUUUUGAGGAGUUGAAAGAAGAGACUUACGUCCAGAAAGAGACUCUGCAUCUUAUUUCUGUGGUCAUCUAUUCCUUAGCAAUGGUGAUUGGUGUAAUUGGGAAUGGCAUUGUGAUCUGGGUCACUGGAUUCAAAAUCAAACGGUCAGUUAAAAGUGUGUUGCUCCUGAACCUUGCUAUUGCUGAUUUUGUGUUUGUCCUUUUCCUACCUUUCUCCAUUGAUUAUGUGCUGCACGACUUUCAUUGGAACUUUGGUUUGGUAAUGUGCAAGCUGAACUCUUUUGUGUGUACAAUGAACAUGUAUGCUAGUGUGCUGUUCCUCACUGUGCUCAGUCUACAUCGCUACAUUGCUAUUGCACACACUAGUUGGAACAGAAGUUUCCAUACUGUGCGGGGGGCCUGGGUAGUCUGUGCAUUAAUCUGGUUCUUAUCUAUCCCACUCAGUAGUCCAGCUCUAAUAUUUAGAGAAACACUACAGUAUCACAAAAAGGUUGUGUGUUUCAACAACUUCCAUGAGAAUUUACAUGUUAGUAAGGUGAUACACGUUUCUAUGGUGUUUCUCCGCACUGCAGUUGGCUUCCUUCUGCCGUUCCUCACCAUCACUGUGACUGCUAUUUUAUUGACCAGAAAGAUGAAGCAGCUUGGCAGUGUACGUAUUUCCAGCUUUUCCAAAAUGAUCUCAGUGGUUAUUGUGGUUUUCUUUCUGUGCUGGGCACCGUUUCACACCUUUAGCCUUAUGGAGCUCACUAUGCACCACUCAAUCACGCUGCAUCAUGUCCUGACUGUGGGCUUCCCACUGGCUACCAGCCUGGCUUUUUUCAACAGCUGCAUCAACCCCAUACUUUAUGGGCUGUUAAAUAAGAAAGUGUGGGGGAUUGUCAAGAGUUCUUGCAUAAGACUCACUAAGAACUCACUGAGAGAGCUCAGCCACAACCUAUCUGAGACUGAGACAGUUUCAGUUCCAGGAAGCUGCUCACCUGAAGAACCCACUGUCUACACUAGUGUCUGAAGGAAAAGAGUUAAACACAAGUGCUAACUUCUUUAACAUUUAAAAUAAGGUGUGUAUAUGUAUGUAUGUAUGUAUGUAUGUACAUGCUUUAGAAAUCUGAUGACAUAUAGAAAAUAUACAUUUAUAUGUAAUCUAGUUUCUAUUUCUAUUUUCUAUUUUUGAGAUCAUUAGCAUUGUUAAUGAUCUUAAAACUUGCAAAUGUCUCUUUUAUUUCACACAUGGCUAAUACCAGGGAGUUUUUAUAAUUUGAUUUUAUUUGAAGUCAGUCUCGUUUGGGUGAUUGUACAUUUUGCAAAGUGGAAAAUAUGAGCAAGGUUUGUCCCGACCACGUCUCACAGACUUGGGGGAAAGUGAAGAACCUGAAAAUCUACUUUAGUACAAGACAUGUUUCCAACCCCUUUUCUACAAACAAGGCACAAUUUUUAAAAAGAAAUGUUCAAUUUCAUUUUGUCUUAUUGAACCAUGUGUAUUUUUAUACUCUUAAAAAGCACUUUAAUGGGAACACUAUACUAUUUUAGGAUGGAGCCUCCCUUUGCUCUCAAAACAGCCUCAAUUCUUGAUCCCAUGGAUUCCACAAGAUUUUGGAAGCCUUCCAUUGACAUUCUGGUCCAAAAUUCCUGCAUUUUUCAAGGUGCACUUUUUAUGCUGCAAAUCUUCUUUCCGCCACAUCACAAAGGUGUUCUAUUGGGUUCGGAACUGAGGACUGGGAAGGCCACUGAAGAGAACUGAACUUACUGUUAUCCUGGAAGUAGUUAUUAGAAGACUAAGGUAAAUAGUCCACAUGAAUUGAGUGUAUGCUAAUAUAAGUUACUGCCAGCAUGCUGUAUAUUCUUUUAGCCUGUCAGGAUAAAUGUGUCCUUGAAAAUAGCAAAGGUGUUCCCUUAUUUUUUUUUUUUAUUAUUUUUUUUUUUAAUGGAACCAAUAUUUGGAAUAUGUAUGAAUACCAUGAUUGUUCUUUGCAAACUGCAAUCAGAUUCCCCUUGUGUUUUUUUGUUUGUUUUGUUUUUUAUUACUGAAUCAGAGAAAAAAGCUAAAUAACAUGUUUUGAAACUGCUAUACAGCAUAUUGCUCACACUCCCAAGUUUGGACUGUGUAUUUUAGAAGUUUGUUAAGAAAUGUCUUUUUGUAGUAAACAAUAAUGUGUACACUGGAGUGCUGUGAGAGAUAUACAAGGCAGAAGUCAAGGCAGUCCAAGGCAGGUAUUUUCUGAGUAUGUAGCUGCUGAUUUGCUUUUAUGUAAUAAAUAUACUACAAAAAAAUAUUCUAAUGAAUAUAUUAUUAAUAAAUCUGCUGUCCAGAUUGAA